AUGUCACACUUUGGAAACCGUACCUUAACUGGUAAUCAAAGAAUUUUAAUUCCAGAAUUGUUGACUGGGACAAAAAAGUUCUUGAUUAUAAAGUAUUAUUAAUAAAUAAAUGUAAUUAAACUAAUAAUAGGUACUUAAGUACUUUAGCUACCUUACCUAACUAUACACUAUUCAGAAUAAUAAGAUUUUACCACUAGUACAAUGAAAAUGCACCAUAUACCACCCCACACUACACUGUAUGCAUGUAAUAGAUUCAAUUUUAUUUUAAAUAGAGUAUAGUAAAAGUACUAGGUAAUUAGUUAAAAGAUAAAUAUAUGAAUAGAUUAUUAAUUAGUAUCUAGUCUUUAAAGAACAAGUCUAGAAUUCUAUAGUAACUAUUGUUACUUACUAUUUUUUAAUUGCUUUCACCAAAAGUUAUUUUUAAUAACUUAGAAUUUGUGAACAUAUUAGUUAGUGGAAAAUAUUUCAUUAUGAAUAGGUAAUAAAUAAUAAUAAUAAUGUAUUCCUAUACUUAGGUACAAUUUUAUUUGUUUUAAAAUAUUAAUUUACUAUCAACUGAUUUCAAUGAAUAUUAUUUAAUUAUUUAUAAGUUAUUCCAAUAGAAAUGUAGUUUGUUGUUUAUUACUUUUAAUUGUUUAAUCCUAAAAACAAAUAUUUUAGGUACCUCUCUGUUAAUUGUUUUAUAUAAAGAAAAUUAUAUAUAUUAUUUUAGUUACAUUCAAACCAAAAGCAUAUGGUCAUACAUCACACUAUAUGUUACUCUAUGGGUGUUCCGAACCUGGAAGUCCUGAACCAUCUGGUAAAACAACUUUUAAACUAGUUUAAAAAGAUUUUAAUUUAUUUUGAUUUAACAAUUUUUAUUUUUAUUUGUAUUUUAAGGAAUUGUAAAAAAAUGGAUUCAUCAAGUAAUGAUCAAAAUUCAUACAUACAUACCAACCCAUGAAAAUCAGGAUCAAAUGUUAGUAAAAAUAUUUAGAUUUAAAUUUAUAUGGGUUAAAUCAAAUAAGUAAAGACCAGAUCUGUAUACAUUUUAAAUUGUAAAAUAUGCAUUCAAACAUGCACUAAAAAAAGGCAAGAUAUACAAGAAUAAAAAGCAAAACAUGCAUAGUAAAAUUUAAAUUUAUUUUAAAUUUUAUAUUUUAUUUAAAUUUUGCAGUAAUAAUUAAUUUUUAAUUUUAUUAAAAUUUCCAUAAACAAAAAAAAUACAAAUUAAAUAAUAAAUAUUGGUAUAUAAUAGGAAAAAAGCACAACAAAUUUAAUGUAGUGGGCAUGUUAAUUGGAAAAACAAUAAGUUAUCAAAGUGUCUUCCAUGUUUAUUUUUGUAAAAUUAUGACAAUCUAUAGGAUGUACUUGUAAGAUGAAAAACUACAUUCAACAUCAGUACUGGUUAUUAGCGCAUAUUUAAAAUUGGCUUAUACAUCCGGUGAAUAAUUUGGAACAGACAAACCAUUAAAGUUGGACCUUGAAAUAUUUUUAAAUUUUCUUUUAAAACCAUUAGUUCUUUAUUUUUAUCGAAAACAUUUUUAAUUUUGUUUUAACUAUUGUGCUAUUUUCGUAGGAAGUUCAUUGUUAGAAUUUUCAUUUGUUUUAAAAUGUUUAACGAGUUUACUAGUGACAAAUUAGAAUUUUCAAGCUUUUUGAUGCUUUCAACAAUACAUGAAAAAUUUGCUUGAAUAUAAGCCAGAUUAUUUUUACAUUUAAUUUAUUUAAGAUUGAUUUACAAUACUUUUUGCUUCAUCUUUUAAGUUUUCAAUUACAUUUUUAAACUCUUCAAAUUGAUCUGCAUAAAAGAAGGCUGACUCUAGCCAAGCACCCCAAUGGGUAAUUAUUGGCUGUGGUAGUAAAGGUGUGUUUGGCAGUAUUUCUUUAUAUAACUGAAUUCUAUACGGAGCUUUUGAAAAAACCUUAUUCCAUUAUUAAUUAAAUUGUUAAUAUCAUGAAAAGUAUCUAUAAUUUUUUCAGUGAUUCAGUGGAUACUAUGAGCAACACAAGUUACAUUUACAAGACUUAAAUAAAAUGGUUAUAAAUUGUGUACAGCUUUUGUCGUGUGAGGAGCAGCAUCAGAUAACAUCAACAAAACUUCGUCAUCAUUGCUAUCUUCGGGUCACAAUAGUUUAAGGGAAUUGUUUACAAAUUGUGCUAUAGUUGAAUUAUUGAUUUUUUCGAGAACUUUUGAUAUUAAAAGAUACGAUUUAGAAGGCGAAUUGGUAUUUAAUUUGCCAACAAGGAAAUUUGCUACAUACUUUCCUCGAGGAUCAGUAAUUUCAUCAACAAUAAAAAAAUUGUACAAGCUGCCUAUAUUUUCUCAAAUAUUUUGUAAAACGUCAAUAUAACAUUUUACUUAAAUAGUUUUUUCUUAACAUACUUUCAUCUGGUAUGUGUUUAUAUGUGUACUUUUCCAAAAAACAUUUAAAGUUUGUAUUUUGUAGUUUAUGUUAAACCUAUGUUUGAUGGAAUAAAAGUAUUACAAAGUUCUUUGAAAAAUUGUGAUUGAUUUUCUACCGAUGUUAAUUGAAAAUUUGUUCAUUGAAUGAAAGUUUGGUUAGAAGAAGAUUUGUUUAAACAUUAUUGAUGCAAAAAAAGACUGCAUGCCGAUCAAUUUGAAAUUUUUUUUUAACUGUUAUCAGUUUUUCACAAUGCUAACAGAAAACAGUUGUAAUAUUUAAAAUUUUGAAAACCUCAACAGAAUUGUAUGACUCAAUCCACUUUCUAAUUAACCUUCUAAUAAUGUGUAUUUUUUAAUUAAAUCUAUUCAUUUAACUUAAUAUUUAUUUAUCUUCUUUAAAUAUCUAAUGGUUAUUUUAUUUUUUUCAGAUAUUAUAUGCUUAGUCUCAUGAUGCAUCUAUAUUAA